CGAAUAGUAAACAUGGCAGUAUCAGUUUUGUUUUUUACUUUAUAUAAAUCAUUGGCAUUAGAAAUGCAAAUGCGUGAUUAAAUUCAAUGGUGGUUGAAGAUCAAGCAAGCCAAUUGUUUUUUUUAUAAAAGAUAAAACAGUGUUUAUUUGUGAAGUAGAAAAAGAGUCUACACCUCUGACAUUGGUAUUCUUAGAAGAGAAAACCAUAUUUUAUGGUUUUAUAGAUAAAAAAUUCUGUGACUUCACUGUUUGUGCUUAUAUUUGCUACUUUACAACCCAGUUUUAGAGAGUCCACAUUGUUUCAAUUUCAAAAUGUCUGAAGUAGAAGCUGAAGAUGAAGCUAAGCCUACUAUGGCAUGUUAUAAAUUAAUGGUCAACUUGAGAGAAUGUUUAAAAGAAAGUGAUUGUUGUCAAGUAGAGCGUAAAACUCCACGUCAGUGUUUAGAUAAUAUUAAUAGUGACAAUAUACCUAAUUAUUGUAGAGAAUUAAAUCGUUAUUUUCAAAUUUGUCGUCGAUCACAAAUAGACACGAGACAGAGAUUCAGAGGAAAGAGAAAUUUUGACUGACAUCAAUUUUACAUCUUGUAUAUUUUUCUAAUAAAUAUAUAAAAGUU